AUGGUGAACCUUCAUCGGCGUCAGAUUGUUCCUAGUGUGAGCUGUGCGCUGUGUAAUGUUCUUCCUGAAGACUCUCUUCAUGCAGUGUGGUAUUGUGAAGCCAUUUCAGGUGCCUGGUCUACGUUGGAUUGGUUUCAUCAAACUGCACCACCACGUCCCACUUCAUUCACUGAACUACUUUCCAGUUUUCUGUACAACAAAGAGGAGUUUAGAGCAGAGAUUUUCGUGAUCAUGGUGUGGUUGCUGUGGAAUAGGCGUAAUGCAGUCCAAUUUGGUCACCCGCCUCUUCCAGUGGCUAGUAUUUGCAGUUCUGCAGGUAGUUAUUUGCAGGAAUUUCUUCAAGCCCAAAAUGUGGUGCCUGAAUCGCCCCGUCCUCCUCCCAUGCAACAAUGGCGACCUCCGGACCCUCAAUGCUUCAAAGUAAAUUUCGAUGCCGCUUUGUUUCAGCGCUCAAACUUGGCAGGUAUUGGGAUCAUAGCCCGUAAUCAUGUUGGUGAAGCAGUGGGUGCUCUGUCCUCGCCCAUUCCAAUGGCCCAGUCCGUGGCAGAUAUAGAAGCCUUAGCAUGUUUGAAGGCUGUUCAGUUUGCAUUGGAAAUUGGCCUCAACCGAGUUGUGAUUGAAGGAGAUUCAGCAGUCAUCAUCAAUGCUCUUCUUCACGGUGCGGGUGAACUAGCCAGUUUCGGAAACAUCUUGGAUGAUAUUCGUUUACACUCCUCUGUUUUUCCGUUUGUGGAAUUUGUUCAUGUUAGUCGCAUUUGUAAUUCAGUGGCUGAUGCUCUCGCUAAGAAAGCUAAGUCAAACGUUGGGGAUCAGAUUUGGCUGAAUGAUUUGCCAUCUGAUAUUGCUCCGUUAGUUUUGCAUGAUGUUCACUAG